UCCAAGAUGGCAGCGGCCGGUGGGGCUCCGAUGCGGCUGCGGCUGCUCUUUGAUUACCCGCCGCCGGGCAGCCCGGGCUGUGCGCUCUGCUGGCUGCUGCUGGAGCCCAGCCAGGUGCGCCUUGUCACCGACCUCGUCAGUCUCAUUCGCCACAGGUUCGGCUUCAGUCGGCGGGCCCGGCUCAGCCUGUUCCUGGAGGGAGCAUUGCUGCCCCCCACUGAGAGCGCCCGCCUCGUGCGGGACAACGACUCGCUCCGAGUAAAAUUGGAAGAGAUAAUUGCAGAUGAGUAUGAAGAGGUUGAUGGUGACUUCUCUUCUACACUAAAAGAAGCCAGAAAAAGGCACAGACCAAAGCAUGAAGAGGAAGAAGUCUCUAGAAAUGAAGACAACAGGCAUAAAAAGGAAAAGAAAAAGAAUAAACAUAAUCCUGAGUAUUUCUCUUGUAGGGAAGAGACCUCUGUAGAUACUUGGGACUCUCAAAAAAAGUACAAGAAAAGAAAACGAAAGGAAGAAGCUAGUGGGAGAAAUAGUCUCCUAGAAGGUAAGGAAGAGAGCUCUACUGACCAAUCUAAAAAGCUUAAAAAAAUGGAGAGGGAGAAACAGCUGGCAACAAAAAAGAAGGAUGGAAAGCAGACAGAGGCUCCUGCACCAAAUGUGGCUUUAGAACAGGCAAAUGGUAAAAGUAACAUCAAAAAACCCACACCACAGCCCAAAAAAAAGAGGGCAGGAUCUUCAGAUUCCUCCAGCACAUCAUCUGACAGUGACAGCAGUGAAGCAAACGUAAAGCAAAAUAAAUCUUCCCAAAAAGCUGUAAUGGCAACGCUUCCCAAAGAUAAAUCCCAAGCUGCUGCCAAUGCUGGUGUGAAAACUGUUGUCUCUAACAAAGCUAACACUGAAAAUGCCACAAGGACUGCAGUUAGUGACAAUGCUAAAAAAUCCCAGGCUUCUAGUUCAGAUUCUGACACCAGUACAGAGGAUGAGAAGGUGGCAACGGCACAAGACAAGAAGUCACUGCCUAGCACGGUGACAGCUGUGAAACCCAGUGCCACCAAGGCUCCCAAAGCAAAGAGUUCCUCCUCAGACUCUGAUAGCUCAGCCUCAGAAACUCUUGUUAUUAAAAAACCCACAGGAAAUGCUGGGCUGAAUAAUUCCUUAGGGAGGCCCUGCAUUCAACAGCUGCCAACCACCACUGCCACCAGCUGCCAAGGACCACUUGUCAGCCAAGGCCGGGGCCGGGGGCGUGGAGCAGGAGGUGAUAACUUCUGGAGAGCACAGAGGGGCCGUGGGUUCCGUGGCAUGACGUGGGGCCAAGGCCGGGGGAGAGGAGCAAGCCCUGGCUUCUUCUACAACUAUAGCAGUGAAGGCCAGAAACAGAAGCACUUAAAUGAGGCUGCAACAAAUGCUUCUGCUCUUGCCCAGGAUCCUGUGGAGGUCCCCAAGAGAGAUUACAGUGUUUUACCUCUUCUAGCUGCUCCACCGCAAGUGGGAGAAAGAAUUGCCUUUAAGCGCUUGGAACUAACUGAAAAUUACAGUCCUGAAGUUUCGGACUACAAGGAGGGAAGAAUAACUGGUUGGAAUGCUGAGAAGAAAGAGAUUGAGCUUGAGAUCCUGUUUUCAGCAGCAGGACAGUCUGCUAAAGAGCCAGGGAAAUUUGAUCUGGUUUACCAGUCUGCAGAUGGAGCAGAACUCAUAGAAUAUGCUGUUCCUCAGGACACAAAGAUAACUGAGAGCUGGGAUGCGCUGAUAGAGCCAAGACUGAUUGUUGAGCCUCCAGUUAAUGGAUCCAGCACUGCAAAUGGAACAGUUUGAGGUGUGAAGAACUGUAAAUAACUGUACAGAUGUGGUUGGUGGACUGCUGCUGUCUGGUUCUGGGGCCUGCAGAUGAGCUGGUGGAUAUUUUUAAUAAAUGUUUUUAAAAGGAAGCUGUGACAGAAGAAAGAGAGACACUUCUUUCUAAACACAUGUUUUUCUGGAAUACUUUCUGAUAGGAGUUGGAGUUUUUUAACACCAGUUUUUACACCUUGCUGCUGUGAGCUGUGGAAGUGGAAUGGUUUGGUCAAGGAGGUGAAAUGCAACCUUGUACUGUCAGUCACUCCAUGAAGGUGUCUGGGUUUGGCUGGAGCCAUGUAACUGCCAUACAGAGGAAGCCUGCUGUAGGGGUGGUGAAAAGCAGCAUCUGAAAAUGAAAUCGAAGUCUUGUUGAUGUCCACAUCUCUUCCUCUGCAGGUGCAGAGCAUGACACAAAUGCUAUGACCUUGCUGUUGGUUACAUGUCAGGAGGAGCUUGUGGAUGUCAAGCUCCUGUGAUUUCAAGAGGCAGAUAAAUAGUGCUAUUGUUAACUGUCAUCUUUGCCUGGACCCCUGGAAUUUAAUGUGAAUCCCUGGCAAAAUUGUGUCCUGAAACCUGUUUGCUUGUUUGUUUUAAAACAGACCCUUUUGCUCUUUAAGUGCUGAGGUUUCUGUGCUUUCCUCUCCCUGACAGGAGAAUGGGUCACAGGGUGGUGGCAAUGCACUUCACUGGCACCUCUGCUUGUUAGGAGCAUUGAGGUGGCACCUCCUACCCACACACAACUUGCACCUUGGCAAGUCUUGCAGCUUAAGAUUGUUCCUGUCCUGGGGAGUUGACUCUUUAAGAGAAGACAUGGGGGAAAUAAAU